CAGCUGGGUGCCAGCCAAUCUAACGGAAAGCUCAACUCCGCAGACUGCCAGCUCAAUCUCGAUCUCCGUCGAAUUUCCUGACUUGAGUUCCUGACUUGAACAGUCGAGAGUCUAGGUUGUGCUCAAUUGCAGGUCUCUUGAGUCGCAGCCAUGCAGGCAUUCAGGACCUGCGCGCCUUCGGUGCUGCGUCAGGCCUCACGACCGACAAGAGCCUACGCUACCGUCUCAUCUGCGACAGCAUAUCAACAGACAAUACCAAACCUGAGGAUCAAUUCGGACACGAAAGUCCUCUUUCAAGGUUUCACUGGCAAGCAAGGAACCUUUCACGCUCGGCAAGCGAUCGAAUAUGGCACAAAAGUCGUCGGCGGCACGAAUCCGAAGAAGGCCGGCACGACGCAUCUCGAACUCCCUGUUUUCAAGAAUGUGGCUGAAGGAAUGAAAGAGACGGGUGCCAAUGCAAGUGUCAUCUUUGUUCCUCCACCUUUGGCCGCUGCUGGUAUCCUUGAAGCUGUCGAGGCAGAAAUGCCCUUGGUAGUUUGCAUUACCGAAGGUAUCCCACAGCACGAUAUGGUCAGGGUAACGAACAUCUUGAAAACUCAAAGCAAGACGCGUCUCGUCGGACCAAACUGUCCUGGAGUGAUCGCCCCUGGCCAAUGCAAGAUCGGUAUCAUGCCCGGAUUUAUCCACAAACGAGGAAGAGUUGGAAUUGUUUCAAGAUCAGGAACCUUGACAUACGAGGCAGUCAACCAGACAACACAAGCCGGACUGGGACAAUCGCUAGUCGUUGGUAUCGGAGGCGACCCGUUCAGCGGCACCAAUUUCAUCGACUGCUUGAAAGUAUUUAUGGAAGACGACGAGACAGAAGGCAUCAUCAUGAUUGGUGAAAUUGGAGGCAGCGCAGAAGAAGAUGCCGCCGAGUUUCUGAAGAGCGAGAACAAGAAGAACAAACCCGCCGUCAGCUUCAUUGCUGGUAUCAGCGCCCCUCCGGGACGACGAAUGGGCCACGCUGGUGCCAUCAUCAGUGGUGGAAAGGGUGGUGCCGACUCCAAGAUUGCCGCCCUCGAGGCAGCUGGUGUGGUUGUUGAGAGGAGUCCUGCAGCAUUGGGCAAAGCUUUGCACCAACAGUUUGUCAGUCGGGAUCUUAUCUAAGGAUUGUUCGGUUUCACACUUCUUUACAGCUUUUCCAGCUAAGGUGGACGAUUGAGAUUCGCAGGAUGUGUUCUUGUGAUUCUGAUGCCCGAAAUGGGCACCUUUGAUAAGACUGUACAUUUCUGCAAAUGCCGGCUUGCACUUUCGGGAAACGCGACCGAGUGCGACAUGUACCUCUGAGUAAAUCCGUGACCAUAACGCUCAAUGCCUGCCUCAAC